UUUUACUGGGGUACUCUUAUUCACGACCGAGUUAUUAUGGUAGCUAAUGAGUUACGUCUUGCAGAUACAACAGAUCUAAUGGUUUUUACCAAUUGCGUUUUAACUCGGUACAGUCCAUCAAAAUGCACGGGUGUGAAAGUCGAUAAAAUAGUGCGUAAAAAUAAUAAAUUUAUUUUAUUGAUUCUCAAUGAAUCAUUAAAAGUACUGGACCCAGAGGAUAAUAUUAUAAAGUUGACAAACGGUGAUAAUUACUACAGUGAUGAUUGUCACAUUCCGUACAUUCAUUAUACAGAUAUUUGUGUAAAUAGACGUUGCUUAAGUGCAUUCAUCAAAACACUUUACAAAGCUAAAAUAACCGGUGAAACUGUUGUUGUAGUUAGAGAUGGAGAAGGAUCUCGAAUCGAUCAAUAUGGUCGUAGUUAUGAUUCUUUACUAAAAACAACUAUUCCAGAAGAUGGGUUUCCAUUGGUCUGUCGUGGGUCGAAUAAUAAAUAUCUGAUGGUCAAAAUGUUUUCAUCUGUUGGGGAUGAUUUUGACAAAAUGAGUGACUUCUACAACUCUCCAACGGAUUUGCUAAUCACUCAGAAUGUUAAACGUCAAGUUGAUUCUAUAAUUGACGAGAAUAGAUUGCGAAGAAAUUGCUUGCGGAAUUUAGUUUGUACCCGUGAUUCCUUACAUUCUUAG